AUGAGUAAUUCUUUGGCAGAGAGCUUCAACAACAUGGUCAAAGAUGAGAGAUGCAUGUCGCUGCCUCAGUUGCUUGAAGGCAUUCGUGUGAGAGUUAUGGAGAUGUUUUGUGAAAGGAAGGUCCAAUCUUCUACUUGGAGGAGUGUGCUAUGUCCUAAGCUUGAGAAAAAGUUGUCGAAAAGGAUAGAAACAGGGACAAAUUGGAGAGUUAGCCAGUCUACUAAUGAUAUUUUUGAAGUUUGUACAGAGGAUAGCACCGUCAUGGUGAACUUGGUUGAGAGGGAAUGUUCUUGUGCUUGGUGGCAGUUUAGGUGCUUCCCAUGGUCUCACGCAGUUCAAGUAAUGCAGAAGGCAAACUGUAUCCCUUACUGUUACAUUGAAGAUUACUGGAAGACCUUAUUCUAUAGAAGUGCUCAUGAUCUUCCUACUUUUCCAGUCCUGGAUCUUGAUAAGCCCGAUCCUAGUAGUUUUGGUGAUUCAGCUUUGCAGCCUCCCAAGACUCGAAAACCUCUCGGAAGACCACAGACAAGGAGGAUCAAGUCAUUUGGGGAAGAGUCCAGACCAGUGAGAUGCACACGGUGUGAUCAACUUGGCCACCACAACAGUAGGUCAUGCAAUGUGGAGUAG